AUGGCUGCCGGAGGCAGUGGAGGAGGCGGAGCUAGAAAGUCCACCACCAAAAUCGCCACUGCCACCACAAAACGUAAAACCCAGAAACCCCAAAACAAGAGCCUCGACCAACAGAACCUCCUAGCACUCAUUUCCACCGCCACCUCCGCCACUCACUCCUUCCUCUCCCACCACGACCUCCUCCUCCUCCCUUCCCAAUCCCUCGCUCUCGAAUCUCUCCUUUCCUCCUCUUCCCUCCUCUCUCUCCUCCAACCCUCCAAACCUCUCUCCCUCCCUUCUCUUCCUUCUUCUUCAUCACCACCUCCACCACCACAACAACAACAACAACAACAACAACAAUGCUGGUUCCACCGCUUCCUCUCCGCCACUUCCUCCACCGACUACGACCCUCGUUGGUCCCACUUCUUCCACAUCUCCAAACCCUCUUUCUCUCACCUCCUUUCCCUUCUCUCCCCUCUUCUCUCCACCUCUCUUCCUUCCAUCUCUCCCAGUUACGCUCUCGCCGCCACGCUUUACCGCAUGGCUCACGCCGCACCUUACAAGGCGGUGGCACGCCGGUUCGGGUUCAGUUCUGGUUCCGCAGAGGCCUGCCGGGCCUUCUACACGGUGUGUAAGGCUGUGAAUGAGAAACUAGGUGAUUUGUUUGUGUUUAAAGCUGAUAUAGAUAGAAUUAUAGUGGGUUUUGGGUGGAUUUCGUUGCCCAAUUGUUGUGGGGUUUUGGGGUUUGGGAGGUUUGGUGUUGAAGGUGAAGUGUUAGGGAAAAAUGAGUCAGUUUUGGUUCAGGCAUUGGUGGACUCUGAAGGGAGGUUCUUGGAUGUCUCAGCGGGGUGGCCAAGCACGAUGAAGGCCGAUACCAUUUUGCAACAGAGUAAGCUGUAUUUGGGAGUAGAGGAAUCGAGGGAGUUGUUGAAUGGGCCAAGGUAUGAGCUUAGUGAUGGAAAUUCGGUUCCUCAAUACAUAUUGGGUGAAUCUUGCUUCCCUUUAUUGCCAUGGCUUUUGACUCCUUAUAUUAGAGCUAAUGAGGAGGAUAGUUUUGGUUCGUCAGAACGGGAAUUUAAUUCUGUGCAUAGUCGCGCUAUGGGGUUGGUUGGCACAGCAUUUGGGAGGCUUGGGGCUCGGUGGCAGCUUCUAGGGAAGCAAUGGAAGGAGGAGUGUGUUGAGUUUAUGCCGUUUGUUAUUGUUACGGGGUGUCUGCUGCAUAAUUUUCUGAUCAAGUGUAGUGAGCCGAUGCCGGAUGAAAAUGUGAGGUGCUUAAGGGAGAGGAAGCUUCCUGUUCCUGAGGGAGAGCUGGAUGAGAGUGCACAAAGGAUCAGGGAUGUGCUUGCCUCUCAUUUGAGCCGGGUACUCAAAAGGUAAGUCUCCUGCCUUGCAAUGAUGUUUGAUUACGUAGAUGGUUGUAUUUCUUUUCUUUAUUUUCGUGUUGAUUCUUUAUUUAUGAAACUUGUAUGAUGAAAUAGUCUUAGCUUUCUUGCACAUGCA